AUGUGGUUGGUGGAGGAAUUCCGCAGCGGCGGGCCGGACCCGGAUGAUGGCGUGCUGCUGCUAGCACGACGAGGCGUGUCGCUCCCGCUCCCGCGGCUGCGGCUGCGGCGCGCCUGUUGCUCCGCGAGCCUACCCGUCGGUACCGGCGCCGGCGCCGGCAGUGGUAACAACCCCGGCCCCUUGCUCCACCUCAUGUUGGUUUACCAUGUUCGUGUUACUUUACCCGUGGCAAGGCAUAUCUGCUUAAUUCGGUCCUUGCUAUGUAUCCAGAAACUGGUUGUGAAAAGCUAUUGCCUAGCUUCGUUGACCUACCAAGAUAAACAUAGGUCGAUUCUAGAGCAUGUCCCUGUAUUCCCAAGACAAAAAACAUGGGAUCCUUACAAGCUUCUUGGUGUUGACCAUGAUGCAUCUGAAGAAGAGAUCAAUAGUGCAAGAAACUUCCUCCUUCAACAAUACGCUGGGUAUGAAGAAAACGAAGAGGCAAUUGAAGGUGCCUAUGAUAAGAUAAUGAUGAAGAGCUACUCACACCGUAAGAAGUCCAAAAUCAACCUGAAAAGGAAAUUAAUUAAGCAAGUGGAAGAAUCCCCAUCAUGGGUUAAGUCACUGCUUGGACACUUUGAGGUGCCAUCGAUGGAUGUUGUGUCAAAAAGAUUUGCUCUUUUUGGAUUUAUUGCUGGGUGGAGCAUCGCAACUUCUGCUGAGACUGGACCUACCUUCCAGCUUGCACUGGCACUCGUGUCAUGCAUAUACUUUCUCAACGACAAGAUGAAAAACCUUGCCAGGGCGUCUGCCACAGGGUUAGUUAGCACCUGCAUAGCAACAUACGAGUACUCCCUUGGUCGUUAUCAGUCGCACACGUAUAGGGCUUUUAAUCCUCCUCCGUACUUGCAGGCUUGGACUCUUUGCGGGUGGCUGGAUAGUAGGUUCGCUGGUAGUCCCAGUGAUCCCGGCAUUUAUUUUCCCGCGUACUUGGUGUCUGGAGCUCCUUACUUCGCUGGUCGCUUAUGUAUUUCUAUUCUUGGGUUGCACUCUCGUCAAGUGAAAUCUGUGACACUUGAAACCGUUGUUGUUUCUGCGAGAUUUUCUGUUGCCGACGUUGCAACUCCCUUUUGA